AUCGGUCUCAAUUUUUGUUAUCGUAGAAUCCAAUCUGGAAAGUCUGUGAAGAAACGCAUCCCCUUCCCCGCCUGCAGACCAAGACUUUCAAAUUUUUUCUAAGCAGAGAUUCUACUCCCAACUUCUCAAUCUAUCCCAUACACCGGGAGGCGGAGCCUGACAAAGAGAUAGAGAGGGGUGUUCGUUUUCCGAGCAUUAUCUUGGACUAGAAAUGUCACCGCACGGGGCUGCCACGGCGGCGGCCAAACAAGCCGAACAGCUGAGGCAAAACGGCAACACUUACUUUCAGAAAAGUCGAUACGGAGCCGCCAUCGAUGCGUAUACAGAGGCGAUUACCUUGUGCCCCAAUGUUGCUGUAUAUUGGACUAAUCGUGCCCUGUGCCAUCUCAAGCGGAAUGAUUGGACAAGAUUGGAAGAGGAUUGCAGGAGAGCAAUUCAGCUCGAUUGUAAUUCUUGUAAGGCACACUACAUGCUUGGCCUUGCUUUGCUAAGGGAACAAUCGUUUUCUGAAGGAGUCAGAGAAUUGGAAAAAGCAUUGGAUCUUGGAAGAGGUGCAAAUCCCAAGAGUUACAUGGUAGAGGAGAUAUGGCAGGAGCUUGCGAAAGCCAAAUAUUUGGAAUGGGAACACGAGUCAACUUUACGUUCUUCUGAACUCUAUAAACUGAAAGAAUCAUGUGAGACAGCUCUUAAGGAGAAACAUUUACUUGACAUGUCACGCAUGGAAGGUUUUGUAGAUGAAAAGAAUGAAUAUUUUUCUAAGCAACUUGCUGCUUUAAAUGGUGUGUUCAGGAAAGCAGCAGAGGAUGACACCCCAGAUGAUGUGCCCGAUUACUUAUGUUGUAAGAUAACACUUGACAUUUUACGUGACCCUGUGAUUACUCCAUGCGGGAUCACGUACGAGCGGUCGAAGAUCCUUGAACAUUUGGAGAAGGUAUGAUAUAUUUAUCAUAUGUUUUGGAACAAGUUUAGGUGGGGGGAUUUGAUCCGAUGACUUCAAGAUCUCUAUCUGCAUCUCAAUUGGCUCCAAAUUUGGCCAUUAAAGAAGCAGUGCAGGCAUUUUUGAAUAAACAUGGCUGGGCUUACCAGAUAGAUAAUUAUAGUUAACAUUUUGGUGCAUGGUAGAUUCACAUAUCAUUACGUCAUUCAUACAGUUUUGUUCAGUGUAUAUGUUUGGGCUCUUAAGGCCUUUAUCAAACUGUACAGUGAUUACUGAUUAUGAUGAUGAUAUUUAUGUACAACUUGUACUGCACACUUUUGUUCCUUUUUUUGCAUACAG